AUGCUCAGAAAGAUCCACUCCAUCCUCCACCACAGCCCGCAAGGGAAGGCGGCAGCCGAGGGCCCCUACUACUCGGGAGCCAGCCCCACUGUCAGACUGAUUCGUAGUAGCUCCAUGUACGUGAUUGGGGACCACUUCGAGAAGUCCGGCGAGUCUUUGAAGAAGUACAGAAGCACCCACAGCAUGGACACCAGCCUGCACUACCUGCAGCAGGAGGACCGUGCCUGGAUGUACUCGCGCACCCAGGACUGCCUGCAAUAUCUUCAGGAGCUGCUGGCCCUGCGCAAGAAGUAUCUCAGCAGCCUGAGUGACCUGAGGCCCCGGCGCGCACAGGGGGCUGGGUCCACAUCCUCCAAGUCCUCUAAGGGGGCACAAAAGACCCCAGGAGAAGGCAAGAAAGCAACCUCAAAAAAGUACUCCCAGUUCAGCACCGAUGUGGCCGAGGCCAUCGCCUUUUUUGACUCCAUCAUUGCAGAGCUAGAGACAGAAAAACGGCCAAGGACUGCUGAGGCUGACCUGCCCAACGAGGACGUGGACUUUGAUGUGGCAACCAGCUCACAGGAGCACAGCUUGCACUCCAACUGGAUUCUUCGGGCACCACGCAGACAUUCCGAGGCCAUCGCUGCUCACGCCACAGCAGACAGCCGGUUUCGAAGAAGCACAGAACACAGGGUCACUGGCACCCAGAGGAGGCUUGAGAGACACCCCAUUUACCUACCCAAGGCUGUGGAAGGGGCAUUCAACACCCUGAAAUUUAAGCCCAAAGCCCACAAAAAAGACCUGGGGAGCUCCAGACAGAUCCUCCGCAGCGUCUCGAGAGAAGACAUGGAAUGGGAUGAGGAACUCUUUGCACACGAGCCCCCGGGAUCUUUGCAGGAGGGUCAUUUUGAGGCAGAGAAUCCCAAAGGGCAAUGGCUGAUUCGAGAAAGACUCUGGGAGCGGACAGUGCCCUGACUUGACUUGCCUUAGCUUAGGUCUAUGACAGGUGGUCUGCUUUGGGACAGUGUGAGGUGUUUGGUAGAGUUAAAAAUGAAAUUACAAAGUUGUGACACAACCAAACCCCGACACUGCCUGUCAGUGCCCAGCUAGUGCCAAAAAGAGCCCGAGCUUCCCAGGGGAUAUGUCCUGCAGGAUUCAGAGACUGGGCUUCCCACAGCAGUAGACAAGAGAGAAGGAAAGCAGAGGCUGGCUGCUGGUGUCCCAGAGCAGAGGCACAGAGGCCUUCAAUGAGUGUCCCUGCCACCCCGUCUUGCCUGUCAAACAUAGAAGAAGGUGCGAAUGGCUGUGAGAGUUCCGGCUGGAAGUCUCCAAGGAAGUGUCUCAGAAGCCCAAUAGUGAAGGUCUGAGGUUGUCUCCUCGCAUGCAGAACACAGUCAGAAAGCAGCCCCUCUGCCCUAGGUCUUCUCAGGGUCCUCACAGGCCCUGCUGCUAGGUGAGGCUGAAAAUGAGGCCAACAUCCAGGCAGUAGGGCAGAGAACGGUGGUGUCAUGGCUUGUCUUGUGAUCGAUCACACUGUUGCCCAGAACUCCUGCACGCAGACCGCUGGCUCAAGGAGGUGGAGGUAGGCUCGUCCUUCUCCUUUCUGUUUCUCACACAAAGCUGUACCCAUGAAACCAGCUCAUGGUAGGCUCAGCACCUUCUGCUUACAGGUAGCUAGGAAGAAUUUUGGUAGCUCAGACAUCGUCUGUGACGGGACACUAGCCUACUUGAGCAUGGUUCUGGCAGGCCUUGCCAUUCCUUCUCCCCCAUUCCGUCUUCCUUGCUAAAACCAGUUAGAUUGUAUUCCAGAAGCUAGCCACCAAUGUUUAUUCCCUUAUUUGGCCAUUCCCUACUCCCGAGGCUGGCUACCAAGAUCCAGCUGUCAGAAGCCCCUUGGCUCACCUAGUUAAUUUACCCAAUCAUAAUUAAACACCUCAGCCUAACAUGGAGGUGUUUUUACCCCUUUUUACCUUCAUAAAAUGCCAUUUCCCUGUGUGCCACAUCUGUCUCCCCUUUAUCCAGAGACAGUCCUUACCCUCCCCAGAACAAAUACCCCUGCCUCCUCUCCCUUGUUCCCUUCCCCCCUCUCCUCUGUCUCCUGUCUUUGUCUCUAAUUCCCUGCCCUCUGUCCCACUGGGGCAAACAAUCUCCUUUGUGGUGAGCACUUGGCCUUGGCGGCCCUGAGCCGAUAAUUUCCCUUUCAGGCUGACUCUCAGCUUUGUCUCAAUUCAGCAGACACUCUUCAUUUGGCCAUAGAGCUGCCCCCAGUCAAG